AUGAACAAAAUCAAGGUGACGCCCCUACUGAAGGCAACAAUGUGGGAACAGAAUGUGUCUGAUUAUGGAGGUGAGGGCAAUAGGAGACCUCGUGUAAUACUUGCUUGUGAGAGGAGCGGUAACUAUAAGUCUUGCAAGUCUAGUAAGACAACUGAUAUAAGGUCGGAUGCAAAUAGUGAUAUAAAAAAAUGUGCUAGGGACAUUGGUACUAAGAAAUGUGGAUGCCCAUUCUUGUUAAAAGGUGUCAUGAUGGGGAUGAUUGGAAGUUGGAGGUGGUUUGUGGAGUACACAACCAUCCUACUUCCAGAUCAUCCUAUUCCACCAGUUUCUAGAAUGUGGCAUGAGCAAAGUGAUAUAUGCAAUGUAACACAUUUGUACUCGAGGUACCAAGCACGUGUGGAUGCUUUUCAACAACUUUCGGGAGUGGAGAAUGUAGCUACUAUAGAUACCGUCAUCCUAAUGACUGAUGAAAAUGCACCUGUUACAGAAUUGAGAUUAUAA